AUCGACGAGUGACGUGACGGUCUAAGGGAGGCGUCUCUGUAGUACUCUGUAUCACCUACGAAUCCACGAUCGACAGUCGUAGGCUUCUUCGCGACCGACUUGACUGGUGCCUGCCGUAGCUCUGGUCCUGGAAAUUUUUCAAGACCCAUCUCCACUGCAUUAUGGUCAGCCGCAUCUCCACCGUCUCUCUUUCUAUAGAGAAGGAGACUAAGGAUCAUGGGACCAAAGAAGGUACCGCAGAUUUUGAGAAAGCCAUGGAAAUAUGCGGUAAUGGAAGAUAUCAAUACACUUUCCUAUUGGUUUGCGGAGUGAUGUUCAUCUGCGUCGGCUGCCAAUUUGGGACGAGCGCGUAUAUUCUACCGUCAGCCGAAUGUGAUCUAAAUAUGAGAUCCGAAGAGAAAGGGCUGUUAAAUGUCGCCUUUCUUAUAGGUUCGGUGUUCAGCGCACUUUUUUGGGGAGUCUUCGCAGGUGCUUAUGGAAGAAGAAAUAUCCUGCUGAUAACUCUCUUCGGCGACAGUAUCGUUACGCUGAUCACGAGCUUUUUGCAAAGUUUUAAGCUGCUGCUGAUGUUCAGAGUUAUAAGCGGAUUCUUAAUGGGCGGACCCGGUUCCUUGGUAUAUAUGUAUCUUGGCGAGUUCCACGCGGAAAAGUACAGAGCGAAGAGCAUCUGUUACCUAGGCUUCUUUUUCACUCUCGCUUGGUUAAUAUUGCCUGGUUUAGCAUGGAUAAUCAUACCAUUGCCGAUAUCCAUCGAUUUUUACGGCAUUCGGUAUAAUUCUUGGAGAUUAUUCCUUGGCGCUAUCAGCGUACCAACUUUCAUUAUUGCCGUUAUAACUUUAACGUAUCCGGAAAGUCCGAAAUUUCUGGUAUCGCAAGGCAAAACUGACGAAGCUCUCGCGAUUCUUCGAACAAUCUAUGCGGUGAAUACAGGACGUGAUAAGAGCGAAUUUCCGGUGAAAGAGCUUCUCUCCGACGCCGUGUUCGAAGUACAAAAAGAUAAGGCGUCCUUGUCUUCGACAGACAUACUGAUGGAAUUGCUGAAAAAUAUUUGGUGGCAAUUCCGCAUGAUUGCAUCGCCACCCAUCUUAAAAUACGCUUCCCUCUUGUGGAUAAUCUAUUUCACGAAUAUGUUCGGAUACUACGCCUUUAAUCUCUGGCAACCGGAAUUGUUCAAUCGCUUCGAGAAUUAUCAUCAAUCACAUCCGAAUGUAUCCGUGACGGUCUGUGAACUAAUACGUAAGUCGCAGAUGUUGAAUCACACUACUCCAGAGGACUCGCUUCCUCUUUUAGCAAACGAAGGCACUACGGAAUGCAAGUCGCACAUAGAUGAACGGGUUUUUAUUAAUUCUCUGACAAUCAACGCCGUUUGCUUGUUCGGUAAUGUCGCCUCUGGAUAUCUAGCAAAUCGAGUUGGUCGUCGAACAAUGCCAGUGACCACAAUGUUGGUGGUUGGCAUCGCUGGCUUCGGUAUGUACUUUGUGAGAUCCUCGCUGCAGAUCCUUAUAACUGCCUGCGUGUUCACUUUGAUGGCAGCCACGGCGAAUUUCGUGAUUACCAGCGUUGCGGUCGACGUCUUUCCUACGCACGUGUCCGCCGCCGCGGUGUCCAUGAUGGUAUGCUUGGGAAGAUUCGGCGCGGUGACGAGUAAUCUCGCGUUCGGCAUGCUGCUGGAUCUCAGCUGCGAGAUCCCAAUAUUCCUGGUGGCUGGUAUUACCAUAUUUGGCGGAUUGUUAUGCUUCCUGAUACCGAAUAAGGAAAAGAAACACAUAUCGACGCUCGAGGAAAAAACAGACACGUUAGGAAGAAAACAAUCUGAAGUGUUUUGAAUGAAGUGUUUUGUGUUAGGGCUAUGGUAACACAAAGGAAACGUAAUUAAGCAGUAAAACGUAAGCAAUAAGUAAAUCAACUUUUUUUUAUUUGUUAUUGCUUACGUUAAUGAACUCUACUGUGAUUAACUGACUCACUUACUGCUUAUGUUUUACUACCUUACGUUUUUCCAUGUGCCAUCGUUAUUUUUUAUUACCAAAUAUGUAAUUUGCAAAGUUUGGAAUACGAGAGAGCGCCUAUUGUAAAUAUUAAGUAUCGAUAUCGAUAAGUUCUCGCACAAAAAUCUAUGCGUCUAGCUUUCAUAAUCGUGUCACGCAUCAGAACGUUCAGUGAAAUUAGCAUAAUUCAAAUUUAUCGAUACUUCUUUAAUAUUAUUAAGAAUUAAAUGACAAACCGCCUCUUAUCAGUCAUUAAUUUUAUCGGCUCGUCAAUGACUGUCUAAUUUCACUGAUUGACACGAUACACAUUCCAUAUCAUUUUGUUACAAUCUGACAACGCUUAUCGAUUGAGUCAUUUGUAAAUAAUUAUUCCAAUAUUUAUUAUUAUAAUUUGUAUUGUAUAUGCGUGUAGUAUGUAAUAAACGUCGCCGACACAUCGCAUACGGCAGUUGUAACGAGUGAUUCUUCGUUGCGAUAAUGUACAUGUAUAUAAGAAUAGAAAUAAAAUGUAUGA